UUUUUUUUUUUCCGUUUUCUCUGCGAUGAGCUUUCGGCGCUUCCACGACGACUUGGACGACGACGCGCUCGACGAUGUUGAGCCAAUGCAGCUGAGCGAAGGCGCAACGACGCCCAGGCUGCAGUCCAGAGCAGGCAGCGUCGUCCACCGCGACCCGUUCGAUGCGACAGGAGCACCCGCGUCCGCUGGAAUGGGCGGAGUCCCUGCUUCAGCGUCCGUCAGCGUCACAUCGGAGGACGGGCUGCUGGCUUCUGCUGCAACCCGAUCAUCGCAGCAGCAGCAGCAGCGAGGAGGCCAAUCCAGCUCUACCGCUACGACGCCUGGACUCGGCUCAGCUGCUACGACGACGACCGCCUUCCCGUUCCAUGCUGCAUCUGGCGCAAGUUCGAGUGCGAGUGCUGCUGGUGCAAGUGCCAGUGCGGGCCUCGCGCCCUUCCCGACAAACGCCGUGCUCGCGCCUGGGAACGACGCUGUCAAUCCCUAUUACGUGGACCGCACUGCGUCGUCGCGCACUCACACGCGGCCAGUAACGCCAUCGCGAGGACUGUCGAACGUGUCUGCUCCAAUGCAGCACAGCCAAGACGAGCUCGCGCUCAAUCUCGCAAUGGACCUCGACGAUGAUGCCGCCGCACGGGCCGCUGGUCAAAACAUUGCGUCGCAGUCCCAGUCCCAGUCGCAGUCGCAGUACGCACCAGACAUGUCUCCAUUCAUCAGCAGUGGUGGUGGUGGUAGCGGUGCUGGAAACGACGCCCGUGUCUCGGGUGCAGGCGUCUUUGCAUCGCAGUCGAGCGACCAAGGCCAGCCGUCAUCGACGCUCUCGCGGUUGAACAGCAGCCCUGCAGUCGCUUCGGGGUUCUCCUCCACUCUCCCUCCGUCGUCUGCAUUUGCACGCAUUGCUCGCUUGCACCGCCAGCAAAGCGCGUCGCCCGCAGGUCGCGGUCCGAUUUCGCCUCGCUUGGCCGGAGUCGACUCAACCAUGCCCGACGAAAUUCUCGAGGCGGACGACAUGCUGGCAGACCCCAACCAGGGGCAGAACGGUGGCGAGGAGCCUUCUCGCUCCAAGCUCUAUGUCGAAAUGGAGGAGCUCAGGCACGACUCGGCCGAGUGGGCGCAGAAGGCGCGCUGGUUGCGGUACGAGCAGUUGAUUGACGACCAAGGUGACAAGUGGGGCAAGCUCCACCUCUCGGUCGUCUCGAUUCGCUCCUUGUUUGAGCUCCGUGCGGGUCUGAUGACUGGCACAAUGCUGUUUGACAUCCCCGCCAAAAACCUGCAGGACAUUGUGGAGGUGGUUGUCGACUCGAUCGCGCUCGACUAUCGCCUGGACGACGAGCAAAACCAGGCCAUCAGCGAAGCCCUUGCUCUGCCUCACAGCCAACAGCACAAAGACAUUAACAAGCAGCUGCUGGACUGGAUUGAGCACCUCAACUCGACUUCCAAGGGCCGCAAGUCGCACUUUUACGAGGCCUUCAAGCGGCGUCAGCGCCGAACCAGCCUGCGCUUGGAAGAUAUGGAGGCGGGCACCUUGGCGUCCCCAGGGCCUCGCUCUGCGUUCAACUCGCGCAACCGCGCAGACGGAAACACGCGUGCCGUGUCGCUCGAGGCGGCCCACAUUCUCGUGUACAGCAACGAGUUCCUGACCCACACCGUCACCGCGUUUGUGCGCUUCUUCCAAGGCGUCUCGCUCGGAGACUUUACCCGCGCGCCGCUCGGCGUGCGCUUCUUGUUCAUUGUGAUGGGCCCUUCGCACCGCCAUGCCGAUCUCAUCCAGAUUGGCCGCACCAUGGGUGCCGUCUUUUCGGAUCCAGAGUCGCUCGAAGUCCUCCACGCCGCGCACGAGCGCGAGCCGGUGAUUGAGCAUCUGGACAACUUUAUGCGUCGCGGCACCAUGAUUCCUGGCGAGUGGGACCGGAAGAUUAUCAUUGGCCCGCCACGCGCGACGUACGAGUCGUCUCUGUCAAACAACUCCCAAACCACCGCUCCAGUCAUGGGUACGCUCCAGGCCCGGCCUUUGGCCAAAGCGCAACUAAAGCGCUCUGGCCGCAUCUUUGGCGGCCUCAUCAACGACGUGCGCAACCGUCUCCCGUACUAUAAGAGCGAUUUCGUGGAUGGAUUGAACUUUCAAACACUGGCCGCCGUUGGCUUUAUCUUUUUCGUGUGCUACGCCGCCGCCCUGACCUUUGGCGCCAUCAUGGGCGAAAAGACGGGCAACCAGAUUGGCGCGCUGGAGAUGGUGGUCGCGACUGGCGGCUGCGGCAUUUUCUUUGCCUUGUUCUCUGGCCAGCCCCUGAUGAUUCUCGGCGGCACGGGUCCGUCGCUGAUUAUAACGGAGCUCAUCUACAAGUUCUCGCAAGACAACGACCUCGAGUUCCUUCCCUUCCGGUUUUGGAUUGGCUUUUGGGUUUUCGUUCUCUGCGUCAUUUUGGUGGCCACGGACGCAUCCUACAUUGUCGUCUAUGUCACGCGGUUUACCGAGGAGAUUUUCGGCAUUCUCGUCGCGCUCAUCUACAUUGUUUAUGCACUGCAGUACCUUGCCAAGAUUUACAAAAACUUCCCCGUCGACUCCUUCACUGCUGAAAAUGCCAAUGUCGCAGUUGUAGCCACCAUCUUUAUGGUGUGCACCGCUGCUGUCGGCCUGACGCUGCGCGCGUUCGGCAAGUCGCGCUUCCUGACCCCCGGCUCCCGUGGCAUGAUUGCCAACUUUGGCAUUCUGAUUUCCAUCUUUGUAAUGGUGUGCGUCGACAACAUUUGGUUCAAGUCUGUGAACACGUCCUACCUGGACAUCCCCAGCAGCAUUUCGCCAACCUGCGGCCAGGACCCUCUGCCUGUCGAGUGCGGCAACUUUACACGUGGGUGGGUGGUCAACCCCCUUGGCAUGGAAAAGGACCUCCCUUCCUACAUUCCGGUCGCGGCCAUCAUUCCCGCCGUCUUUGUGACGCUUCUCAUGUGCCUGGAGCAACAGAUCGCCGCCUGCAUUACGAAUCGCUUCAAAAUUGUCAAGCCCACCGGCUACCACCUCGACCUGCUCGUCAUGGGCAUCAUGGUGCUCAUCUGCUCGCUCCUGGGUUUGCCUUGGAUUGUCGCCGCAGCCGUCCGCUGCAUCUCGCACACCAACGCAUUGUCCGUGUACACAAAGUACACGGCGCCCGGCGAAGCACCGAAGGUGGAGCACAUUAUCGAAACGCGUGUUUCCGGCAUUUUGAUUCACGCGCUCGUCCCCAUGUCCAUUCUGCUGGCGUCCGUGCUACGCCUCAUCCCCAUGCCCGUGCUCUAUGGUGUGUUCCUCUACAUGGGUUUCUCUGCCAUGUUCAACGUCCAAAUGAUCAAGCGUGCUGCGCUCUUGUUCACUCCAGCAUCCCAGCACUCCAACGAGCCGUAUGUCGUGCACGUGCCUACGCGCAAGAUGCAUGUCUUUACGCUGAUUCAGUUUGUCGCGCUUGGAGUUCUGGCCGGCAUCAACUAUUCUCCUGCUGCGCUUGUCUUCCCCUUGCUUGUCGUCCUGCUUGUGCCCCUUCGACGUGUUUUAAUGCCCCGCUAUUUUAGCGAGCAAGAGCUGACCUACCUGGACAAUUAAAGGGGGGGUGUUUGGUCGUGCUGUUUUUCUUUUUUGUUUUCUCUUGUGGUAUUUCUGUUGGUGUGUUCCGUGUGGCUUUGUAUUUUUUUUUUCUUUUUGGGGCUCUGUAUUCUGUUGAAUUUGAAAAACUUGAAAAUACCGUA